GCCGUAUAAUAAUAACUGCCAGUUUGGGGGGUCGGGUGGCGGCGGAUAUGCUCGGCGCCUACUGUAUGACAAAAGCGGCGAUCAUAUCAUUCUCGGACUCAUUACGGCGUGAAAUGAGCAAGUUUAACAUCUCGGUCACCACGGUUGAACCUGGCGUAUUUAAAACGAGCAUGGUUAACAACGCUUGCCCCCUAUUACAAAGUUCCUGGAGCUGUACUGACCCAGAUAUUCAACGGAUCUACGGCCAGACCUAUAUCGACGAAGCGUUGCGCAUCGUUGCUGGCGGUGGAGGUCUGGUCGCCGACGCCGGCAAUGAUAUUGAUAUAGUGGUGAACGAUAUGGUGGCGGCAGUUAUCCGGCGCCGACCGGCCAGGAAUUACCGGCCCGUGAAGGGCCUGAUGCCUAGCCUAGCGGCUCGGUUUGUAGCCAUAACCCCACAGUGGAUGAUCGACUCGUAUUUUCGCUCAAUUAACCCUCUGGUACCGGUGGUUGUGACUGAGACAAACGGGUCAGAUACUAUCGCCGAUAUCACUAACGUCUACCUGUUCUAUGCUAAAAACAAAGCGGUUAUAAUCACAGGCUGCGAUUCUGGUUUCGGCAAUGCAUUGGCGUUUCGAUUAAACUCAAUGGGAUUCCGAGUCUAUGCGUGUGUUUUGGACACAAACAGUACCGGAGCUCAGGAUCUGAGCAAUAAAUGCCAGUUUAAGGACGAGAUAUGUAUUGUGCGAAUGGAUGUUACUAUAGAUGAGGACAUCAAUCGGUGCCACGAGUUUGUUGUCGCGGAUCUACAGACCAGUAACCGUGUGUUGUGGUCAGUGGUCAACAACGCGGGUGUACUGACGUACGGGCACUUGGAAUGGGGCGCGUUUGACGACUUUGUUAAGGUGUAUGAUGUGAACGUGUUUGGUGUGGUU